AAAGAGGUUGUUAAAAAGAAAUAUUAAAAACAGAAGCAAACCGCCUAAUAGGCUCCACCAUUGAAGUGUUGAGAAGUACCCGGAGGAGAAGCAGGAGGAGGAGAGAAGAAGAGCUGUGUCAUUGUCCUCCCAUUUUUCCUCCCUCUAAAAGGCUUUCUUCUCUCUAACCCCUAACCCCCUUUGUGGGUCAUCACUUUCCCAUACGAACCAAACCCCAUCAGCAACAUCAUCUCCCAGAAGCCAAACUAAGCCUCUCUCUCUCUCUCUCUCACUCAUCCUCCCUUCCUUCCUUUCCCCCUCUUCUGUUAUCUCUUUGUGUGUGUCCCUGCAGAAAACCAUAAGGAAAAACCAAGAAAACCCAGAAAAGAAAGAUUCCAUCAAGAAAGAAAACAGCAAAGUAAUGGCAUUGUCUUUCUUUUCAAGCUCAGAAAAGUCUCAUUCUCAGGGCAAGAAACCAGACUAUGGAGUUCUAUUAGUUGUCCCUUUUGCUUUGUUUUUUCUGAACAAUCAUCUCCAGCCUAAAUAAAAACUUUGUUUCUUUCUCCCAGUCUCUUCUUUCAGAAAAAGAACUAGAAAAAAAGAGACGGGUUCAUCGUCAACCCCCUCCUUAGCAAAAUUACUUUAUUUUUUUUCUUUAAAUAAUAAAUUUUUCUGAUUUUUAUCCUUGGGUCCCACCAAGCAUAGAACAUAACAAAACCCCAGCAACCCGAAUCCUUGUUUCUAUUGUAGGGGCGUCUGCAGGCAGAGAGAGAGAGAGAGAAAAGGGAGGGGGGAGAGACUAUAUCUCACUUAAAUACAUAAAUAAACCAAAUAAUCUGUGUUUCUGUUUGACUUUUUUUUUAUUUUAUUUAUUCUUUUUUUAGUUUUGGGAUGCUGAUGUCUACCAACAAUGGUGGUAGCGAAGGUGGUGAUGGUGAUGUACCUGCUGCUGCCACUCAUCAGGGUGGUGGUGGUGGUGAUAUGCAUGCUAAUAUUCAUCCUGGGGGAAGUGCUAAAGGAGGCGGUGGUGAUGGCAAUGGUGAGACCCAUUUGAAGAAGGGACCGUGGACGGCGGAGGAGGACGCGAUACUUGUGGAGUACGUGAGGAAACAUGGCGAAGGAAAUUGGAAUGCAGUGCAGAGACAUUCUGGAUUGGCUCGCUGUGGCAAGAGUUGCAGGCUCCGUUGGGCCAACCACCUGCGGCCCAAUCUCAAGAAAGGUGCCUUCUCGCCUGAAGAGGAGAGGCUCAUCGUUGAGUUGCACGCUAAAUUUGGCAACAAAUGGGCUCGUAUGGCUAGUCUGCUCCCUGGAAGAACAGACAACGAAAUCAAGAACUACUGGAACACAAGAGUGAAGAGACACCAACGCCAAGGCCUUCCUCUUUAUCCUCCUGAUAUUCAACCUCAACACCAGCCAAGCCCACACUUCCACCACCACAGAUCCUCCUCUUUCACUUUCCCAACACCAAACACCGCCACUCACACGCUCACUCCAACUUCUGCUACCCCUCCCCCUCUCUCACCUUCCACCACUUCUACUAGUUUUCCUACUCUUCCACUUUUUGACUUCUCUCAACCCCACCACCACCACCACCACCACCACCAUAGAUCCCACUCUACACCCACCACCCCAACCUCUUCUUUUUCUUUCCAAACCCAACUUCCCUCCCCAACCCAUGCACACACACACAAUUCUGCAUCUACCCCACCCCCUGUAUCUCCUCUGUCCUCUCCCUCCACUAAUGUACCGACGAAUUUUCCUACUCUGCCACUUUUUGACUUCUCUAUACCCAGAACCCCUCCAAUCCUUCAGACACCUAUACGCUUCAAACGCUUAUCCUCCUCCCCUAACAUGGCCACCCUCACCACCACCAACAACCCUUCCUCUGCAUCCAGUAUUAGUCCUAAUUCUCACUUCUCGCUGCCCUUGUCACCGUUGCCCCAUGCUUCACCAUCCAAUACAGGUCCUCUGGGUCACCAGAUACCUUCCUGCUUUACUAGCAGCGAGUUCCAUGAUGAACUGCAGAGAGAGAAUCAGGAAAUGUGUUCGCUUUUGGCUGCUGUGACACAGCCGGAGCUCCCUUCAAACCAAUUUUUAUCAGCAACAAACCAGAAUAGGAAUUUGGGGAUUGGUAUUGCUACCACUGUUGGUAAGUUUGGCAGAAGAGCGACUAAGAAGAAAAUCGGUAAUCUUAUUAAAGACAAGGUUAAUGGCAACCUGGGAUUGGCGUUGGAGGAUCUUUUGCAAGAGGCUAAGGCAUUGGCAGAAUUUGAACAGACUGCCACAGAGCAUAGUAGUUUGGUUUUGCAGGAACAGAAGCCUAAUCUGCUCGACUCUGAUGGAUUUGGCUUACAUUGGGAUCAAUCCAGUUCUCAUGCUUUGUCUUCAGGAUUGGAGCCGAGGGUUGAUGUUGCAGGCCAACUCAAUGCCAUACAUGAAGACUUUUCCAAGGUUUUGAACGCCCUCCCUUCUCCAAUGCAGCCUGAGUUGUAUAGUGAUAGUGCGGAUAUAUCCAAUGGGCCAUCUUCAGUCAUAACAGAUGAUAAUAUUGGGUUUGAGAUGCAGCAGAUUGCUUCACUGUUUCCCCUAGCAGACAACGGCAGGACUCUUGGCUCUUGCUCUUGGGAUAACUUACCGGGGAUUUGCUGAGAGUGAGUUCAGAUGCAUGCUACCUUGAGAGAGGAAAACACAAAAGGCUUUUGAGUUAAUGGUGUAUUUUCAUUUGAUUUAUUUUUAUAAUAAUUGUUAUUAUUAUUAUUAUUAUUUGUAUCAGAAUUAAAUGGGGUUUGCUCUAGCAAUGAUGCUUUCAAAUAUCUGCUAUUUCUCUUU